AUGAACGAGCAGUAUGACGUGAUCGUCUUGGGCACCGGCCUCACGGAAUGCAUUCUCUCUGGCAUUAUGUCUGUAAAUGGCAAGAAGGUCCUGCAUAUGGAUCGCAACAGUUAUUAUGGAGGUGAAAGUGCAUCAAUCACACCCCUGGAAGAUCUGUACAAAAGGUUUAGCCUGCCGGGGUCCCUCCCGGAGUCGAUGGGCCGAGGAAGAGACUGGAACGUGGACCUGAUUCCUAAAUUCCUGAUGGCCAACGGCCAGUUGGUCAAGAUGCUUCUCUACACAGAAGUCACUCGCUACCUGGACUUCAAGGUGAUUGAAGGAAGCUUUGUCUACAAGGGAGGGAAAAUCUACAAAGUUCCUUCGACUGAGGCAGAAGCACUUGCAUCCAGUCUGAUGGGCUUGUUUGAGAAAAGGCGCUUCCGAAAGUUCUUGGUGUGCGUGGCCAACUUUGAUGAGAACGACGCCCGCACAUUUGAGGGGAUCGAUCCCAAGAAGACCACCAUGCGUGACGUCUACAAGAAGUUUGACCUGGGCCAGGACGUGAUUGACUUCACAGGCCAUGCCCUGGCCCUGUACAGAACAGAUGACUACCUAGACCAGCCUUGCCAAGAAACCAUCAACAGGAUUAAACUGUACAGUGAAUCUCUGGCAAGAUAUGGCAAGAGCCCCUACCUUUAUCCUCUCUAUGGCUUGGGAGAACUCCCCCAGGGAUUUGCCAGGUUAAGCGCCAUCUACGGAGGCACCUACAUGUUGAACAAACCGAUUGAAGAGAUCGUCAUAGAGAACGGCAAGGUGGUUGGAGUGAAGUCAGAAGGGGAGAUUGCCCGUUGCAAGCAGCUCAUCUGCGACCCCAGCUACGUCCCGGAGAGGGUGAAGAAGGUGGGCCGGGUCAUCCGGGUCAUCUGUAUCAUGAGCCACCCAAUCAAGAACACCAACGAUGCCAAUUCGUGCCAAAUCAUCAUUCCCCAGAACCAGGUUAACAGGAAGUCAGAUAUCUACGUCUGCAUGAUCUCCUCUGCGCACAACGUGGCCGCCCAGGGGAAGUACAUCGCCAUUGUGAGUACAACAGUGGAGACCAACGAUCCGGAGAAGGAGAUCAAGCCAGCCAUGGAACUCCUGGAGCCCAUCGAGCAGAAGUUUGUCAGCGUCAGCAACUUGUACGCACCGACCGACCUGGGCAGGGAAAGCCAGAUCUUUAUUUCCCGCACCUACGACUCCACCACCCACUUCGAGACGACGUGCGAUGACAUCAAGGACAUUUACAAGCGGAUGAUGGGGUGCGACUUUGACUUUGAGGAGAUGAAACGCAAGAAGAACGACAUCUACGGGGAGGAUGAGCAGCAGUGA